AUGGCCUUGAAAUUCGACGACGAAGAACGACAGCUCUACACGCCUCGCCCUCUGACGGGCAACACCGAGGUCUCGACGGCGGAGACCUGCGUGACCGAAAAGGAACAACUGCCUGCCCGUCGAGGCUUUGUCGGAUAUUUAUCAUCGGAAAUCGAUACCAAAUGGUCGGACAUUCCUCUGAUCGUCUGCUGCUACGUCGGUGGUCUGAUCGAUGGUCUGUCCUACAACUACUGGGGAAACUUUUCCAACAUGCAAACCGGAAACACCAUCUUCAUCGCCCUGGGUGUCGCGGGCAAACCAGACCAUCCGGACAUGCUCUGGGCCAAAUCCCUCAUCGCCGUCUGCGCAUUCCUCCUCGGCAACAUCGUCUUCAUCCACGGCGGUCGUCUCCUCGGCUCAACCCGUCGCAUCUCCCUCAUCCUCAGCUUCGCUCUCCAAGCCGGCCUGAUCCUCGGCACGGCCAUUCUCGUCCACACCGUUCCCCCCAUGCCCGACAACCCAACAUCCGUCGAAUGGCGAAAAGUCGUACCCAUCCUCCUCAUAUCGUUCCAAUCCGCCGGUCAGUUAACCGCCUCGAGAAUUCUGGGAUUUCCGGAAAUCCCUACGGUCCUGUUGACUGCGCUUGUCUGUGACCUCUUACUCGAUGCGAAACUCUACCAGCGCCCGUUGCAGGCGAACCCGAAGCGAAACAGACGGAUUGGGGCUUUGCUUAUGCACUUCUUUGGCUCGAUGACGGCGGGCGGCAUGGCGAAGCAUGUUGGUCUUGCUGGGGGGUUGUUUCUGGCGGCGGCUGCGAAGGGGGCGAUUACAGUGAGCUGGUUUUUCUGGAAGGAGAAGAUGCAGGUCAAGAUGUUUGCAUGA